AUGUCGCCUGUUACAUCAUCCAAAGCACAUCAAAAAGCCCAAGAGGAUGCUUCAGCUCUUGCCGAACCUGCAACCAGUGACUCGACUGCCGACGCUUCCGUCUACUUCCCUCCUAUCACUGGAAGCACAGACUCACGACUCUCAAUACCAUUCCUCGCGCGUUUUCCAUUAGCGGUCUCCUUUGGUCUGUUCUACGGGUUCGCCCUAGGAGCCUCCAAAGGUGGAGCUCAAGCUGCAUACCGAUACCGAGCUGAGAACGCGCAUCGCCUUCCAACCACCAAAUCAGGCUGGUAUCUUUACCACAAAAGCAAGAAUUAUCACAGCAUUAUUGGCGGUGUCAAGGAAGGUUUGCGAUGGGGGGGCCGGUUAUCAGGGUGGACCAGUCUCUUCAUUGUGACUGAAGAGGUGAUCGACCAGCUUCGGGGACGAGGAAGUGAUAAACACCGAGAUGUUGCAAGUACUGUAUGUGCUGGAAUGGCAACAGCAGGGAUAUGCAAUUGGAAGAAUCGAUGGGAUUUCUUUACCUCUGCAAGAAUGGCCAAGACCGCCUUAAAGGUAUCAUUGGUGUAUGGGCUUUCACAGGAUCUCCUGUCCACGCUUCGAGGGAGACGUCCUGCAUAUGUCGACUGGCUGAUGAGACACGUUUGGGGACGGCCAGAGACGGUCGAGGCAUGA